ACAAGCUAAGCUUUUAAGCUUUCAGAUGUUACCUAGGAACACCCAGUAAUACUUACGUCAACCAAUUCAAUUCAUUCAUAUCUACAUAUGUACUUAUAAGUCUUAUAUCUCUUAUAUCUCUUAUAUCCAUCUUAUUAGCUUGUACCCAAACUCAAUCCAAUUCUCUACUUGACCAAUUUCUACAUCAGACAGCAAGCAGCAGACAGCAAGCAGCACAGCAACAGGGAGUCUGAAGCAAACAGAAUGGCAGCAUCCGCAAUGGUCCCGCGCACCCUCCUGCGCUCGGCGCAAAGGUCUAUCCCGAACACUCGAUUACUGGUCUUGCACCGACGACCUCUUAGCUCCACACGAGCUCUAAGAGUUAGCCUCGGGGCCGUCAACUUACCACCUCUGGAGCCGCACAAGGCGUCGUCGUCGUCGUCGUCGUCGUCGCACAAUGGCGAUAUGGGCGUCGGCGAGCUCGAGGGCACCGAGUUCCGCGUGGAGCCCUUGCGCCGGACCGGCGAGGACGACGGCACGAUGCGGGCACGGCUCGUUUACCAAAGCCGCAAGCGCGGAACCCUCGAGUCCGACCUCCUCCUCUCCACCUUCGCCGACCGCCACCUACCCACCAUGACGCGCGAGCAGAUGUCCCAGUACGACCGCUUCCUCGACGAGAACGACUGGGACAUAUACUACUGGGCGACGCAAGAGCCGCCGCCCUCUGACUCUGCCACCACCACCACCUCCUCCUCCUCUUCUUCGGCAGCAGACCCAGCACCUUCCAUCGCCAUAGAAGACACAUCCUCCCCCUCCUACGCCGGCGGCAUCGAGGCCGCCAUCUCCGAAGCCACCACCACCGCCACCACCACCGCCACCACCAUCAGCAGCACCGGCGGAAGCGCGCGCACCGGCGACGAGAGCGAGGGCAAGGAAGAGAAGUUCCCCGUGGGGAAGGAUACAUACAGCAUGCAGCCGGCGACGGGCGAGUGGGCGCAGACGGUGGGGACGUUCAAGCCGGCGUACAGGCCGGUGCCGCGGCGGUGGCGCGACAGCGAGGUGCUGCGGCUGCUGAGGGACCAUGUCAAGGCGAGGGCGAGCGAGAGUGGGGGGAUGGCGUUCAUGCCGGCGCUGCGGACGGGGGUUUCGUCGAGGAUGUGAUUUGGAAGGAAAAGGGGAGGGGAGAGGG